UGAGCGCGGCCCCUGCCCUGCUCUUGGGGGUGCUCCCAGUCCGCUGGGCGGAGGCUUCGGCCAGAAAUACCCUCCCUGCGUGAGACGGGUCGCGACAAAUAGGUGUCCUAGCAGGGCUCCAGGUGGCUGGAGUAGAGUAGGCACUUACUGAAUGAAUAAAUUUCCUGUGCUGUGGGACCUGUGCUUAUUACAUAUGGGAGCUUGACAGUGCGGCGAUGAUGUUAACAAUCCCCAUUUUACAGAUGAGGAAACUGAGGCCCAGAGAGGUGAUGUUACAUCACUUCCCAAGAUUACACAGCUGAGCAAUGUCAGAGACAGAAUUCAAAUCCAGACAUCCUACCACCACUCCAGCUCUCUGUACUUCACACCUGUCUUGUGUAACUCUUUCGAAGAAAGGAGUGUUGUGGAAAGUACAGUUUUAAGACUCAGAGGGACCUGAGUUGGGAUCUUUAUCCUAACUUAGGAUCUGCUUGCAGAUGAGGAAAUUCAGUCUCAAUGAGGUAAAUUCACUGUUCAAGGCCACACAGGCAAGACAUCAUGGUCGGGGGCUUGAAGAGGAAGCACUCGGAUUUGGAGGCAGAAGAGGAAGAUGAGAAGUGGGACUGGGGUCCUGCAGGCCUUCGGAGCUACCAGCAAGCCCUGCUUCGAAUCUCCCUAGACAAAGUCCAGCGGAGCCUGGGCCCCCGGGCACCCAGCCUCCGCAGGCACGUCCUCAUCCACAACACCCUCCAGCAACUCCAGGCCGCACUUUGCCUGGCUCCUACACCUGCCUUGCCCCCCGAGCCCCUCUUCUUGGGUGAGGAGGACUUCUCCCUGUCUGCCACGAUCGGCUCUAUUCUCAGGGAGCUGGAGACCUCCAUGGACGAAACUGAGCCCCCUCAGAAUCCAAUGGCUCCCCCAGCACCCCAGAAUGAAGUGCUGCCCCAGCCUGACCCGGUAUUCUUAGAAGCUCUGAGCUCCCGCUACCUGGGGGACUCUGGUCUAGAUGACUUCUUUCUGGACAUUGACACGUCUGCAGUGGAGAAGGAGCCAGCUCUGGCCCCUCAGGAGCCUCCACACAACCUCUUCUGUACCCCAGGAUCCUGGGAGUGGAAUGAACUAGAUCACAUCAUGGAAAUCAUUCUGGGAUCCUAAAGCUUUGAUAAGGGGUUCCUUUCUCAUCCCAGCCUCGGCGGGUUGGAUCCCUGGAUGCAGCUCUGUGUUUUAGUGGGGGCUCCAAGCACUGACCACAGCUCCUCGCCUCCCAUUUCAGGGUUCCACAAACUGUCUGGCAUGUGUGUGUGUGUCUGGUUACCCCAGCCUUCUGUGAAGGUGGGUCUUCUUUUCCUGAAUUAAUUUAUCUUUUCCAAAUGCCUUAACGAGACUGUUUCUGGGAAUCUCAUUUCCCACUUCCACAUUUCUUCUGCCUUUCCGUCCAGUUCCUUCCUACUCCCCUUUUGACCACUGGGGCCUCAGGGAAGAUAAAGCUGGGCCCGUGGAGGGAUGACAGGGAUGCGCGCUGGCUGUUGCUAUGGAAACCCAGACUCUGCCUCUGGCACCUGGAGGGAGUAAAAGGGUCUUGCCUCCUCCCCCAGGCUGGCCCCCACCUCAUUGCAGGACCCCAGUCCCAGCAGCCUCCUGAUUCAUAACCAGGCCGGACCACGUGCAAUAGGGUGGGAACCAAACUGCCCCGCGCCACAUUAUUUAAAAGAAAGGCGGGUUUUAUGGUGGGGUGUAUUUUGUGCUUGCCUUUUGGGUUUUUGUUUUUUUUUUUUGAUUGUUUGUAAUUUUUUUCUAAUAAAAGUAUUUUGGAAGGGGUAGUGUUGCCUGAAGUUCCUAAAUUUCACUGGGUCGAUGGGAGGGAUCUGGUAAGUUCCCUUCCCUGCCAUAGCUGGGGCAGGUAUAUCAUUAAACAUAACACAUAUUGAGUGCUUGUUAAGAGCCCUGCUCUACCCACUUUAUUUGAAUUAAGUCAUUUAACAUUCCUGAUUAUAUCGAAGUAGAUAUUCUUAGCACAUUUCACAAAGGAGGAGCCUGAGGCUUACAGAGAAGCCACAUCACUUGCUCAUAGUCACAGCAAGGAAGAGAAGACCAAGGGAAUUGGGAGUCAGAACUUCUCUGCCUCCAGAGUCUUGUUCUUACCUAUUGUGUUUGCUGCUACAUGGUGUUUAGAUUCCCCAGUCACAUGGAGACUGGGGCUAGAAGGUGAGUCGCGUGAAUUGUGGGUCAAAAUAAGGACUCUGGUACUUAAAAGUAAAUUCAUUGUGUGCAAUGCGAGGCUCAUAAAGGAAAAAGAAAAUGCCCGAUGACUCCAACCUCCAGUACAAAAAUAAU